AUGAGUGGUUUCAAAAAUGUGAUGAAGGAUGGCUGGCAUCCCAAGAGCAAGGAUGGAAAGAAAGAAAGCUGGCGUGGUGACUUCAAGGGGAUCAACCAAGUGGCAGGAUGGAUGGGCAAGGGCAAAGACUCGAGCUCCGAGGCCUCCGAUCAUGUAUCUCAACCACUCUCAUCGCUGAAGGACCCUGCCUCUUUUGGCCCACCACCUAAACACAUCCAUUACCAUGGCGCCGCAGCUCUACCGAACGAGACUACCCCCGAUCGUCGAGGGCUUGGGGUUCCGUUGUCCCAGAAUCAGAUCGCCGAGCAGAAUGCAUACCACCAGCAAGCGAUACAAGCAGAAGAGGAAGCUGCUCAGAAGCCUCAAGGUCCGCCAGUUCCAUAUCGAGUCAACACGACCGGGCUCUCUACGAACAAUCUUCCGCCGCCCCCUGUACGGCGCCUCGAUUCACCGAGUUCGGGUUCCCCGGCUUCGGCUUCGGCGAGUGCACCGGUGAGUGCAAAGCCCAAACCACCAAUUCCGCCUCGAGUCCCUCCACGAAAUGCUACACCAGUCUCACACUCCCCUUCCCCGCCGCCGGCAUACAACGCUACGCCACCCCCUGCGUCGCAGGGAUACGUCAAUCAAGAAGCGACAUCACGCCUUGCCAACGCUGGCGUUUCGGUCCCUGCACUCGGGAUCGGCGAGGCCAAUGCUUCUUCACCGGCAUCAUCGGGUGCUCAAGGGGCGAAUAUCAACGAACUGCAAUCCCGAUUCUCGACGAUGCGAACCAACUCUGGCUCGCCGUCUGCAGCGCCUCAAUCCCCUUCGCGGACGCCCAUUCCCAGCGCUAAUCGGGAAGACGCUCUUCCUCCCCCUCUUACGUUCCGCGAGCGCCAUGCAGAUAAGAUCGAUAUGGGCAAACAGAAAUGGGGUGGAGUGACGUCGCGGUUCAAUACAUUUGUGGAAGACCGCAAGUUUUCGGCCAACGCAAACAAGAGAAUUCCUCGUCCUCCCGGUCCCAAUUCCCCCAGCACCAGCAGUUCCACGACCAAUAUGCGCACUCCUACGGUGGGCGAUAGCCCAACUCGAUCAACUGUGGACAGCCCGGAAGCCCAAGCCCAACGCAAGAAAGCACCCCCUCCUCCACCUCCCAAGAAACCAGAGAUGCGCGCUGCUCCUGCUCCUGCCUCACCGACGUCAUCAGCCUCACAUACACCGCCUCCCGUGCCACUCAACACCAGACCCCGCUGA